CGGUGCACGCGCCUCCACACCGACCGCACUAAUAACACGGUCACGCGCUCAGCCAGGUGUUCGUUAUGUACAAAGUGCCAUUUGAGAUUGUUUCUCAAGCUCAGCACACGGACUGAAAGCAAGAACAUAAAAAGGAAAAGAAGAUAAAGAAAUGUUCAACAUUUGACGUUCGAGUCUGAAAGACUUCCUUUACCCAGUUUUUCACGCAGGUAGCAGAAAGCAGGGGAAACAGCGCGGAAGCGGAUGCGCGUGCAUUUGACCCGAAAGCGUCGUCCCUGGACGUUGAGGAAGAUGAAGAUGAAGUUUGGGAGCAGUUUCCAGAUAGGAGCUAUGCAGAAAAAAGCCCGGCUGCUGCUCUGGCUUUUCUUCGUGAUGUCGAAGUUGUGUCUCAGUGAACACCAGGUCCUCCGAAUCGGGGGUAUAUUUGAAACUCGGGAGAAUGAGCCAGUGAGUGUGGAUGAGUUAGCCUUCAAAUUUGCUGUUACCAGUAUCAACCGCAACAGAUCACUAAUGUCAAACACCACACUGACCUACGACAUCCAGAGAGUGAACUUUUUUGACAGUUUCGAAGCCUCUCGAAGAGUGUGUGACCAGUUAGCUCUAGGUGUUGCUGCAGUUUUUGGCCCUGCUCACAGUUCCUCAGUCAGUGCUGUUCAGUCCAUCUGUAAUGCUCUCGAAGUCCCACACAUUCAGACCCACUGGAAACAUCCUUCUGUGGACAACAAGGACUCCUUCUUUAUCAAUCUUUAUCCAGAGCACAGCUCUAUCAGCAGGGCCAUUUUGGAUGUUGUGGCCUACUAUAAGUGGAAGACUAUAACUGUGGUCUAUGAAGAUAGCACAGGCCUAAUGCGCAUGCAGGAGGUGAUCAAGGCACCCUCCAGGAAUGGUAUGAAGGUGCGUAUUCGCCAGCUGCCCACGGGGAGCACUGACGCUCGCCCACUUCUCAAGGAGAUGAAGAAGGAACAGGAGUUCUAUGUCAUUUUUGACUGCUCCUACCAAAUGGCCUCUGAGCUGCUUAAACAGCUAAUGUCGAUGGGAAUGAUGACUGAGUACUACCAUUUUUUCUUCACUACUUUGGAUCUCUUUGCACUUGACCUGGAGCCAUACCGAUACAGUGGCGUGAACAUGACGGCUUUCCGCUUGCUAAACCUGGACAAUCCAAAUGUUGCAUCCGUUGUUAAAAAAUGGAGCGCGGAAUGGCAGUUCGCCCCAUACCGACCUGAAAGUGGCCUGAUGAGUGGCAUGAUGACUACAUCAGCCGCUCUCAUGUAUGAUGCUGUGUUCAUGGUUUCUGUGGCAUCACAGCGUGCCAGUCAGAUGACAGUGAGUUCUCUGCAGUGCCACAGGCACAAACCGUGGCGGUAUGGACCUCGCUUCAUGAACCUGUUUAAGGAGGCACAAUGGGAUGGCUUGACAGGACGCAUUGUCCUGAACAAGACCGAUGGACUAAGAAAAGUCUUUAAUUUGGACCUCAUCAGCCUUACUGAUGAAGGUACAACAAAGAUUGGAGUGUGGAAAUCAUCUACUGGUUUGAACCUGACUGAAAAGAGGGACAGCUCUAAUAACAUCACAGAUUCGUUGGCCAACAGAACGCUGAUUGUUACCACAAUUCUGGAAAACCCGUAUGUAAUGUAUAGAAAGUCUGAUAAGGUGCUUUAUGGGAAUGAUCGCUUUGAAGGCUACUGUUUAGAUCUACUGAAGGAGCUCUCCAACAUUCUGGGAUUCAGCUAUGAAGUCAGGCUGGUGUCGGAUGGCAAGUACGGUGCCCAGAAUGACAAGGGGGAAUGGAAUGGAAUGGUCAGGGAGCUCAUUGACCAUAUAGCUGAUCUAGCUGUGGCACCUUUGACUAUCACUUAUGUGCGAGAGAAAGUCAUAGACUUCUCUAAGCCGUUCAUGACCCUGGGGAUUAGUAUCUUGUAUCGUAAACCCAAUGGCACCAAUCCAGGAGUCUUCUCUUUCCUCAACCCCCUCACCCCGGACAUCUGGAUGUAUGUGUUGUUGGCGUGUUUGGGAGUCAGCUGCGUGCUCUUCAUUAUUGCUAGGUUCACACCAUAUGAAUGGUAUAACCCUCAUCCUUGCAAUCCUUCAUCAGAAGUGAUGGAAAACAACUUCACAUUGUUAAAUAGCUUGUGGUUUGGAGUUGCAGCACUGAUGAGACAAGGGUCAGACCAGAUGCCCAAGGCUUUAUCCACCAGAAUUGUUGGAGGGAUUUGGUGGUUCUUUACACUUAUCAUCAUAUCAUCAUACACUGCAAACCUGGCCGCUUUUCUCACUGUGGAGCGGAUGGACGCUCCGAUUGAUUCAGCGGAUGAUCUGGCUAAGCAGACUAAAAUAGAAUAUGGAGCAGUGCGAGAUGGUUCCACCAUGACUUUCUUUAAGAAGUCAAAGAUCUCUACAUAUGAGAAGAUGUGGGCGUUCAUGAGCAGCAGGAAGAACACCGCUCUGGUGAAGAACAAUAAAGAAGGCAUUACACGUGUCCUCACCACAGACUAUGCCCUUCUCAUGGAGUCCACCAGCAUAGAAUACAUUAGCCAGAGAAACUGUAACCUCACUCAGGUCGGUGGACUCAUAGACUCCAAAGGCUAUGGAGUAGGAACACCUAUAGGCUCGCCUUACCGGGACAAGGUGACUAUCGCCAUCCUGCAGCUGCAGGAGGAGGGCAAGCUUCACAUGAUGAAGGAGAAAUGGUGGAGGGGGAAUGGCUGCCCUGAGGAGAACAACAAAGAGGCCAAUUCCUUGGGAGUUGAGAACAUUGGUGGUAUCUUCAUUGUGCUUGCUGCUGGCCUUGUUCUCUCUGUUUUUGUGGCAAUCGGAGAGUUCAUCUAUAAAUCUCGCCAGAACAGUGACGUUGAGGAGUGCAUAUGUUUUAGCGAGUUAAUGGAGGAGCUGGGAGUCUCCUUCAGGUGCCACAAAGCGAUGAGGAAAAGAAGAAGACCACGAGGAAAAGCAGCACUCACAGGAGUCUUAUGCAAUUCCAAACGCUUCCCAAGGAAAGAAACUGUGACCUAAAGAGAAAAAAAGCUUUUCCAUUGAUUUUGGCAAAGCAUUUCAAUUUAACAAUUGAGUUGCACAAUUGAGUUUGUUUGUUUAUUUAUUUGUUGGAACAUGGGCAUAGUGUGCAUAUCAAACUUUGUGGUAGUGGAAAACAUCUUGGGGUAAUUGUUUAGUAUGUUUAAUUAUUGAAUGAAAAUGGAGUGGGAUCACAAUCAGGAAGAUAUCAGUUACUCCAAUGUAGCAUUUCAUGUGCCCUUUCGUUAUUUUUCAAAAUAAAAAGAUUUUGUAUAUUUUAAACAGAAA